GCCAGUGCCCCGCGCGCCGCGAACCAGUUUGCCUGCGUCUGUCUGUACUGUACACUGUACUCCCUGUCUGUACUAUACACCCACAUUCUAUAUUUAAACUAAUUUUCUUUUUCUUUAAGUUUGUAGUUGAUUAACGUCGUUUGUAUACAUUUGGUUUUUAUUUUGAUAUGAGAUAUUUUUUUAUAAAGAAUGUGGAUUAGGUUAGGGGCUUAGAAGAUCAAUUAGAAGAAUGGGUGUGCUGUGGUGGCUGGUGGUAUCGCUGGUUGCGGUAGCCGCCGAUGAGUUCCCCGAUGCUGAUUCACAGAGCUUGCUGGACAAAGCUAUCGAACCCAUCCCAAAUGAUGGCGAAUUUACCGUGUAUGUAGGCCGUUGGACGCAAUGUGGCCCUAUAGGAAAAUCUGAACACGCCAUGAGCCUCGCGGACAGAUACCAAGGCCGCUCGGAAACGGACUCACUUGUGCAUACUCCUCGGCUGGGGCUGCAACGGCGGCAGGUGCAGUGCCGGGCUAAGAGCGGACGAUUCGUCGAGGCUAUGUACUGCGGCACAUCUGUAGCUAUCAUCGGAACUACUAGGGUGUGUGUAGUGCGAGAUGAUUGCUCGCUAGGUGAAUGGCUACCAUGGAGGCCUCGAGUUGAUGGAGCUCUCGUGCGCACCAGGAGAUUGAAGAAACUGCCACAAGGAGGAGGUAAAGAAUGCGACGUUGUAGAAGAGGUGCGACCAGCAUCGCUCGAAGCCAGCGCACACUGGGCGCCUGGUCCGUGGGGUGUGUGCAAAGUCGCCGUUGAGCAACCCGCAACACCCAUCCCAGCAAGUGACGAUGACAACGACGACGCAGAAGCAAACGACGCAAUCUACGACGACGAUGAUGACGAUGACUCCAGUGAUGAAAAUAAGGGAAUUAGUGAGGCGAGUUGUGGCGGCGGAGUACAGCGCCGUGAGGCUACAUGUGUCCGUGCAGAUGGACGUACGCUGCAUCCGGCGCAGUGCGCUCAUGCCGUUAUGCCUACGCUUGUUCAACCUUGCGAGGUUCCAUGUCCCCGAGAUUGUGAAGUUGGUCCAUGGUCCGAGUGGGGAGCAUGUCAGCCUACUGAUGGAUGUCCUCUUUUUCCAGUACAGCAAUUGACUACAACUGGCUACAGUGUGCGACGUCGUCGUGUAAUUUCAGCGGCUUCAGGAGGUGGCGCUCCGUGCCCUCCUCUUGAAGAGAAGAGAACAUGCUCUACACCACGAUGUGCGUCGUGGAAAGCUUUACCGUGGGGCCCCUGCGUUCUGAAUCAACCACAUACAACGUGCGGACCUGGUAGAAGGACCAGAGAACUACGCUGUAUAGGACAUGAUGGGAAAGAAGCUCAGCGAGCUUGGUGUAGUGGUACAGGCGCACCGGCACGCAACGAGAGAUGUCGCAUUGCAUGUGCAGGUGACUGCGUCGUCUCUGCCUGGGGCCCUUGGACGCCAUGCUCCGCUGCCUGUGCCGCUCAACAUCCCCGACCUACCACCACUCGACGACGAUACAUCCUCGCGCAUGCAUCCCCCGACGGCUGGCCGUGUCCUUCUGAAGAACAGCUUAUUCAGAACGAAACCUGCAAUACCCAUGCAUGUGCCACAUAUUCUUGGCUUGCGACACCAUGGGGACCUUGUGAGAGACGCCGAACUGACUACAUGCCUGCUAUCAACUACACGGAUUUAAUGGAUAACGAGCCCUUCAAUGAAAGUGAUGAGGAGGAACCGUGUAUAGAGGAAGGCGAAAUGACUAGAGAUGUUAUGUGUGUACAGAACAAUGCAGACGUGGUGCGCGACGUUCUAUGUUUACCAUUGCGUCGACCAACGUCUAAACGCGCAUGUACAGUUCGAUGUCGCCGUGGAUGCCGAGUUGAAGCGUGGAUGCCGUGGUCACCUUGCCCGAAUACCUGUGAACCUGGGAAACAAGUUCGAGUACGCAAAGUUCAUGGAGGUCCCAACUGCGGCCCAUUACAAGAAACUCGUGAUUGUCCAAUGCCGCGGUCGUGCCACGCACGCGAGGCUACUUGGAUUGCCGGCGAAUGGAGUACCUGUCGUCUGCCCCCUGAACAACAUUGUGGACGAGGUUACAGAGUGAGAAGCAUUUGGUGUGGGUCUGAUUCACAUAGAGUGGAAGUUGGUGCUUGUGCUGGCCAACUAGUACCACGUAGUGUAGCGGCGUGUCAUGUAUCCUGCGAUCACGCGUUACCGUCUCUUACUUGUGAUACUAUCGGCUCUAAUCCUCUCAAAUACCUAGAUGCAGCUGAACCUGACAUACCGACAUGUGUAAGCAAAAACGUCACCCUAGAACUUUUACCUUCCGAUUCAGAUUGUAUUCUACCAUCUGGCCUUGAAUGUGGUGAAGGUAGAGCGUUGAGAGCAGCGCGUUGUUUAAUUGGAACUCGUGAUGUUCCGAUGGAUGUUUGUAAAAAAUAUCAUCCUCUCACUGGGCCGACUCGAGUCCGGGAAGCAUCAACGGACGGUUACACAUAUGACGAAGAAUUUCCGGCGCUUCUUCGAGGUCCAUGUACAGUACGAUGUGCACGUGACUGCGCGACUGGUGCUUGGGGUGAGUGGGGUCCUUGCGCUGCUGAGCCAGGUUCACGUGCAGCCUUCCGUUUCCGAACUAGAGAAGUCAUUGAGGAAGGCAGUGCUGGUGGGCGUGAAUGCGGUGCAACUUUGCAACGUGCAACAUGCACUAUGCCUGAGUCUCGCUGGGUACUCGGCGAAUGGUCUGUAUGCGCCCCACGACGUGCUCUUUGCGGACAUGCUGUUAUUAAUCGCACUGUUACGUGUAUGGACACGGAAGGAAAACGACUCGAAGACGCAGAAUGUGAGACAACUGGUGCAGGCCCAACGCCUGCGCGUGAGGCCACCUGUCGCGCGCCUUGCCCUGCUGAUUGUGUCGUUAGCGCUUGGUCUGAUUGGAGUCCGUGUGAGCAAACAAAAUGGGGCGGACGUCGAGAUCGUACGCGAGUUGUACUUCGACCAGCUGAAGAUGGUGGUGCCAACUGUCCUCACUUAGUAGCUGCCGAGCCAUGCGCGCCACAUACUUACUCCUGGCAUGUUGCACCCUGGGAUGACUGUCAACCAUUAGGAGGAUCUCCGUGUGGAGAAGGAAUAAAGAAACGAGCAGUACGAUGCUUACGCAGCGAUGGUAUUUUUGUUAAUGAUAGUUUCUGUCCAAAAGCUACAGCAACGGAAGCAAGUGAGUCAUGGUGCUACGUGCCAUGCGGCGUCGAUUGUGCUCUUGGAGAGUGGAAUCCAUGGGAUACUUCUGCUUGCUCCUGUGGCGAUACGUCAUCCUUGAGACACAUGCGUAGAACUAGACAACACCUAACAGCAGCUGUCUGGCCUGGCCGUGCUUGUCCGCCUAUAGAACAGCGCGCACCAUGUCCUCGGGAACCUUGUCUACGACUGGUAGCUCGACCUGUUCUUGGCUGCCAUGUGCAAACCGCGUCAGGAGAAGCAGCUGAAGGAGCAUGCGGCUGGGGAGUGAAGAUAUCUCACGCUCGUUGCGAACUGACCAGUGUUGGAGAUGAACCAGCAGUUGAAGCGUAUCUAGAACCUUGGCGUUGUGCCUCAGUGCUACCCGGAAGAAUCGUAGCUCCGCCUCUACACUACCAAGAGGAAGAAAUAUGUGAAGUAGAAUGUGGUUGUAAAGAGUCCGAAGCCGGGCAGCCAGGCCCUUGGGGAUCGUGGGGCCCGUGCCGUAGCGGUGCCCGUUCUCGCACUCGUCAACUUGUGGUAUCAGCUCGCCGCUCUUGUAGAACCUCCUCACGAUAUGUUACUAUUGAAUGGGCUAAUUGCACCGGAGAGAAUGAUGAAAUCCCUGACCUACUAGCAGUUGAAACUCGGGAGGAACGUCCACGCCGCGUUUGGCCCGAACAAGAACAUUACCACGAUGGUUACAUUGAAGGCAGCAACUCUGUACUGGCAAUAGUAUGGACGGCGACUAUUAUCCUCAGCUUAUACGGAGCAUACACGGUCUACAAAGGAUUGCUCAGAUGCAUCCGAAGCAGGAAAAUGAAAACAAUAACCAAAGUUUAAACCAAGCGUGGAGACUAUCUUCUGUGACACUUCGUAAUGCUUCGGCGCCAGCCGAGCCCAUAUAAUCUACCUCUUGAUGGAUGUUGUCCCACUGUAUUUCAACGACUUGCAAAACAUUUUUGUUAAUGAAUUCUUAGUUUAAAUAAACCUUUGUUGUUGUUUUUGUUAAGCAAUGUUAUGUUAAUUGUUUAUUUAGGUAUUUAUUAUUGUUACCAAAAAUUCUGAUGUGUAACAUCAAGUGUUUUAUUUACUUGCUCAUGCCACUCAAGGAAUUGGGUAUAUGUCAUUGUUAAUUUGCGGAUUUUUACUAUUUAUAUCCUUGGUCAUACUUACAUAAAAUAUAGAAUUUGGUAAUCUAAGUAAGUACUAUAUUUUGUAACUUACACUGCCUAACAGCGUCAGUUUGUACCCUGUAACUUAGAGGAUAUUUAUAGUAACAAGUAUAUAGCCAGCAAACAGUCUGUCCGCAGGAGUGCUUCCACGUUUUUACGACGUAUUUACGCUAAUUUAGAUGGUUUUUACAUUUCCGCGUGUUCGUCGAUCGUAGUUCAGACAGUCGCGCUUUUUGAUUGACAAUAUUCAUGUCUAGCGUAGCUACUCAUGUAGCUUCAUCCGUAGAUGAUGUUCGGCAGUAGGUGCCUCUCGAAACUUAACCAAUUUACCACUUUAGCAAGAUCAACUCUAUACGGUCAGCAGUGCGAAUAUUUUACUUAUAAAUAUUUGUAGUAAAUAAUUGUUUUUUCUCCGAUGCUGUUUAAUUUACCUACAAACUUUGAUCGUGACGUAGCGACAUGAAUUAACAAGAGCCGUCCAUUUUGAUAGGCUUCUAUGUUUGCUAUUGUCCUGGACUUAGACAUAAAAUAUCGACAGACUCUAAAACAAGAAUUGAUCUCUUUUUAUCAUUGACGUACAAUUAUAUGGACGUCGGGUCCGCGCUAAAAAGUGUCCGAAUUUACAGGGCGUUAAAAUUGUAUACAGAGCGUCAUUCACGCUCUAGUCUUCGUUUGUUCGACUGACAGCGAAGC